CGUCCCCACGGCUCUCAUUUUUCAUCUAUCAAGUUUCUGUUCUAAAAGACAAAGACCACAGAUACUCAACAUGGGGAUGAUAGAGAUGAGAGUACGUAUGGACUGCCAGGGCUGCGCCACCAAGAUAAAGAAGGAACUUGGAAAACUCAAGGGAGUGGACAGUGUAGAGGUAGAUAUGGGGAUGCAAAAGGUAACAGUCAUGGGUUGGGCAGCGGCAGACCAGAAGAAGAUGUUGAAAAAAGUGAGAAAAGGUGGAAGGAGAGCUGAGCUGUGGCCGUAUCCGUACGGACCUGAGAACCAAUUUUACUACGAAUACUAUGAGAGACAACCCAUGAUUACUUACAAUGCAACUGGCCGUUCUUCAUCCUACAACUACUACAAGCAUGGGUAUGACGGACAUGACCAUGGUUACUAUCAGCCACCGCCUUAUUCUACUCUUGUUGAUGAACAAGCCAGCUCCAUCUUCAGCGAUGAAAAUCCCCAUGCUUGCUCCAUAAUGUGAUGUAAUCGUAUACAUAUAUACAUAUGUUUGUGUGUAAAUAUAAACUUGUAUUUGAGCGUUGAAUUUCCC